AUGAAGGAGGAAUCUAGUGAAAUAUUGGAGGCUAAAGUUGCCGAGCGCAAUGAACGUGCCAAAAAACUUUAUCGGUAUGUCAGUGACGUAGCCAGACGUGUUGGUGAAAUGACAACUGCCAGUCGCUCCAUGACUGACCUCUUCUCCACCAAUCUUGAAGUCCAGCGCCAAAAACUAAGAGAUAAUUGUGAAAAACUUUUAUUUCUUGAUCCCAUCAAUUAUGGCAAGAAAUCACUUGAAUUGCUCUGGCGAAAAGUCUACUAUGAAACUGUAUCAACAGCAAAAAAACUUAGGGAAACUGACAAUGAUAAUGAUAGCUAUCUAUUUACCCAUAUAGUUUGUGGGAUUGGCCACUUUCACCAUUUUAUUUCAAGGAUAGAAGUAGAAAUGAAGAUCCAUGUUAAAGAAAUAGAUUAUACAUCUUUCCACCAUGAUGAAGAAUCUAUUGAAAACAAUCAAAUACCAACUGAUGAUGAAAUUCAAUUGAGUCGUUCAGUUUUACACUCAUGUCUCAUAUAUCUUGGAGAUUUGAGUCGCUAUCAAGUAGAAAUAUUUCAUGCUUUUGAACCAUCCAUAGCAGCUCGUUAUUACCUUCAAGCUGCACAUGUUGAUAUGUCUUCAGGAAUGCCAUAUAAUCAGUUAGGCAACUUGUACAAUGACAAAAAUUACAACUUAGAUUCAGUUUGCUACUACAUCCACUGUUUGAGUUGUACAUCUCCAUUUGAAGGAGCAGUGGGCAAUCUAACAAAAAUAUUUGAAAAGAAUGCUCAAUAUUAUGACUCUCCUAAUAAUCCUGAAUCACUAACACAAGCAGAGCAUAUACAAAAUAUUAUAACUAAUUUCCUUUCCUUAAUAGAAAUUUGGUACAUGAAUAAGAAUGAUACCAAUAUUCCACAGAGAUGCAGCACUAUUGCUCAUGAAUUAAAAGUAGCCAUGGACUUUAUAAAACCUCCACUUCCUGAUGUAGAUAAAAAUUACACCGAAUACAUUCAGGCAGUUGAAGAAGAAGGAACAAAUCCAUCUUAUCUAAAUGCAAAUUUGGUGCAUAAAAUUGUACUCAUUUGUUUGUUUACAAUAACAAAAGUAUCAGAGACUGAUGAAGUGAAAGCAUUUGCAUGUAAGGCUUUUACUUUAGCUCUUCUGUCACAGCUACUGCAAAAGUUAUUACAACAAUUAGAAUCCCUGGGUCUUAAAAAUCCUGCAUACAAAUACAAGUCAAAAAGUACACUACAUGUCCCAAGUGUCAAUAACAUUGCAGAUCCAAUCGCACACAGUGAUUCUGUUGCAGAAGACCUUCCAGACAACACAAAUCUUGAAAUACAUGAUAAUGUUGAUUGUUCACCAAAAGAUGAUAAUGUAGCAGAGAAUAAAGAGUUAAAUACUAAUGGAGAUUCUAAAAGUAAUGUUAAAAAGUCAUUAACGAAACGUCGACGACGAAGGCGCCUAGCUUCAUCUGAUAGUUCUGAUAUGAGUGAUGUUGAUACAGAAAGCAGUGACGUAGAAGUGUAUGAGUCAUGCUCUGAUGAAGAAGAAGAUUUAUCAGAUUCUACUGGACACUCUGAUGAAUCUGCGAGUGAGGAUUCCAUCUUCGAUGUUUCUGAUACUGAAGAAACAAUUACUAAAAAUAAUGGAGACAUUGAAAUAGAAAAUAACAAAGAAGUCACUAAAGAUGCUACUUUGAAUGGUGACUUCGAAACUAAACAAAAUAACAUUGACAAUGAAUUUCAACACAACAGUUACAACAACAAUAUUUUGGAUAUUCAGGGCCUACAAAACUUUUUGCUUGGUGACAACUUUCUCUCUAGUAUAAAGUUGCUUCAAGACUGGGCAUUAAAUGAAAAAGAUUUGAUUUUAUCUUGUGGGGACAGUGGAGAGUCUCUGUUUCAAUGUGUUGUAGAUUUGCUCAAUAUAUUGACAUUUUAUUUUAAACCAAAAUCAAAUGAAAACAAAGAGUGUCAUAUUUUGGUAUAUGCACGUAGUGUGGCAAAAAAGUUAAAAUUGGAAUACAAAACCAUUCCUUUACCAGAAGACAUCAAUUUACGUGGAACUAACAUCUGCAAAUAUGACAAAGAUGCUGCAGAGUGGCAAAUGUUAGAGAGAUACAAACUAUCAUUUUAUGAAGAAAAUAUUGUAAGAAUACUGAAUUUUAUAGAUUUUGGAAGCCACGUCGCAAAAAUAAUACCUCGAAUUCGAUUUAACAGGACAUUAAAAAUAUUUUACUUCAAAAAGGUAACUCCACCUAAAGUUACCACCAAAAUAAAUCACAAGCGAAGCAAAGAGUGGCACAACUCUAAAAAAUCCCAUGUCGAAUCUAAUGAAGGUGGAGGAUUAUUGCGGCGCCUUGGACAUCUUUGGCUGGCGUCACAGGUGCGAGAACUAGAACGUAGUGGCCAAUCGCCUAUACCUGCUUUGCUUGCGCUGGACACUAACGCCCUACACAAACAUUUGCGUCGUGUCAAGCAACUGCUGCGUACUCGUAAUUUUGUUCUUCUGAUACCCACAGUUGUGUUACAAGAAUUGGAUAACCUGAAGCGUGAACAAAGCACUGCUCGUGAUGCUAUACGUUGGCUCGAAGUUCAGUUGCGCAGUGGAUCUCGUUUCUUGAGAGCUCAACGUCCAGGGCAGUCGAAACCUUUGCCACUUUUGAAAUACCCACGUAAAGCUCCACCACAUGUUCAUAAUUUUAUACAAAUAAUGGAAUUUUGUAAUCACUUUAUAGCUGAUGACAAACAAAUUCAAGGAGGAAAUGGUGAUCCUGACAGUUCAUUACAAGGGAAAUCUACACCUUUACUGAUUUUACUAGUGGGUAAUGAACCUGGCAGUGAAGAAGAACAAUAUAAAGAAUUCAGUGUAACAGGAGCUGCACAAGCUGCAGGGAUUUCUAUUGAAUACAUUGGAGACUUUUACACCAAGUGGCGGCAAACUGUUCAUAAAAAUGGCAAGAAGAGAUGA